GGUGACUGGGUUUCUGUGCUCUGUUCGAAGCGGGUGUGUGUGACCUUAGGGAUCUUUGCCUUGAGCACUGUUUCAGUUGGCGCACUUGGAAAAUAUUACUAAAUAGUUCCUGGCUGAUAACACAGAUGAAAGUUCACGCUCAUGUAAACUCUCCAAAUCUAGUUCUUUUUGCAAUACACUAUUGAAUUGUGGAAAGUUCAUAAUUGCAGUCACCAUCCUGAUUUUCUUAUAAGUUUGGAGGAUUUAGAAAAUUCUCAAUGCAUUGAACGCUAACUGAUUUCAACUUUUUUUCCUUCUAGGAAAUGGGACGUAAAAAAAUAGAGAUAAAAUUUAUCAAUGAUGAAAAGAAUCGACUGGUCACAUUUGCAAAGCGUAAAAGUGGUCUAUUUAAAAAGGCGUACGAGUUAAGCGUAUUGUGUGAAUGCGAAAUUGCUUUACUAGUAUUCACACGAAGCAAUCGCCUUUAUCAGUAUGCUAGUGUUACGGUGGAGCAUGCUUUACAAAGGUUGAAGAAACACCAUCGUGCAAAUGAAUUCCUUAGUAAUUCUGAUAUGGAGAGGUUAACAAAUCGCCGCAUGAGAUCGAAUUGUAACGGCGGAUCCGGUGUUAUCCCGUCACAGCCUUAUUCAAAUAUGAAAAGCGAAGACAACGAUGACGAUGGCUGCGUUGACGAAGAUGAUGAAGAUGAAAAUGAUGUGGAGCAACCUUCCAUUGCAAAUAUAGAAAAGAUGAACAAUAACAAUGGUUGUGAUCAAAUUUGUCAGCCAAGUGACGAUGAUAAACAGAAGUUUGAUCAAAUUGACAUUCAAUCAAAUGUGAGAUUUGUUGUUGAACCACAGUCUACAUUUGGUAUUCAUCCUCGAAAUUCAAUAAAUACUGUAACAGAAACUCAUAUGAGACCGGUAAGCUCAAUGAGUUUACCACCUAAUUCACUAAUUUCAUCACUAAACACAGUGGAAAGUGAAUAUUUGCCUCAUAUCCAACCUGUUCUUGUUUCUCACAUAUCAUCAACUACAAAACCUAAUUCCCCCUCUAAUUCCCAACUAAUUCAUUAUCCCAGAUCAUCACAUCAACCAAGUCUGUGCUCCUCCUCAGUUUCUCCAUUCACCUGUAAUAAUAGUGUUAUAAAUUCAAAGGCAUUGUUUACUAAUUUACCAAAAUCAACUAGCCAUCUUCCUGAUCACGUAAAUAAUAUUUUAGUAUCAAAACAAUCUUCUAUGCCCUACAUUAUUCAACAUUCAUCUAAUAACCAAAUAACAUUACCAGUAGAUUGUGCAAAUAUGAAUGAUGCACAUUUAGUUGACGAUAAUACUUAUAUGAAUACAUCUUUAAAUCAUUCUUUCCCGCAUACAACUGUUAUGAAUUCAAAUACAUCGGAAAGUUUCUCUCCUACUAAUAAUACAGGUCAAAUGCAGUGUACAUUAUUGACACCAACACCGUAUACUCAAGAUUUAAAAGUUGAUCAACCUAUAUUUAUUUUAUCAUCUGUUGUAUCCAAUAAUCAUUCUAAUCAAAAUAUACUGAAUACAAAUCUAACCUCCUCAGUGAAUAUGGAACCUGAACCUGUCAAACUUGGACCUCAAGAUUUGCCACAUUUAAGUAAUAGACAUAACUAUUCUGAUUCAUGUGAACAACACGGACAAAUGGAUGAUUAUAGAAGUGGUGUAUACGAAAAUCUUGCCAAUCACUUCACAACAAAUCCAGUUACUAAUAUGGAUAAACCUAUCAUAACUGUUGCAACUAAUAGUCCGCUUACUACACCUGUGCCCCCUAACAAACAUUAUGUUAUUUCACAACAAUGUAUGAAUUCUGAUUAUAAUUUAUCAUCGGAACCAAUGGUAAUUAUUCAGAAAAUCGAUGCACCUACUCAAACAACAUUACCCGAUAUUGUUGAUUUAGAUUGUUUGUCAUCAACUUCAAUACCGUCAACAUUAUUGUGUAAGACUAUAACGGUGACAAAGUCAGAAGUAAAUUGUAUCAAUCAUGUCAAUCAUCUAAACAGUACUAGUACUACUAAUACUACUAGUAGUAGUAAUAGUAAUGACAACAAUGAUAGCAACAAAAAUGUUACAGAAAAUUCCUGUGAUGAAUUAAAUAUGGAAGAAGAAAAUUCACAGCAAAAAGAACAAAAACAGUCACAGAAUCAGUCACGUCAAAAAAGAAUCCCGGCAUUGAAACAUUUGAAAUUACCAUCAACUUGUAGUUCGACAGUUUUACGACAAACUAGUAUACCAAAUGGAUAUUUUUUGUCAACACCGGAAGUGAUCAAUGAACUUGGUCGUUUAGAUGGUCAUCGAAAUAAUAACAAUAACAAUGGUAAUUCAUCGACAGAUUCUCCAGAUACUCAUCAUCCACUUUGGCAUACUUUUUCUCCUGCUAAUAUAUUUUACCGGUUAGGAUUACAUCAGGUUUUAUCAUUGUCACCAGCUCCUCCAACAUCUCGAGAGCCUCCUUUAUUUCCUCUUAGUCAUAGUCCUCCUACGCCUACUUCCAUACCAUCAUCAUCGUCAUUACCUAAUAUAAACGCUGAAAAUCAAAAUUCAUUAAUUAAUCAACCUGUACUUGUUAGUCAAUCAUCAUGUAUAAAUAUGGAUACGAUUUCAGCAUAUUGUGAAUCUGAAUCUCAAAACUCACCUAAUGUGCUUCCGAAAUAUGCUAAACGAUCGAAAUACUCAUGAGAAAUAGAGGGAAAAAAACAUAAUCUCAUAUAUCUAUACAUAAUACACAUAUUUUCAAGAUAAGACUCUUUUUUUUUGAUCUACUUUUCCCUUUUUUUUACAAAUAAAAUAAAUUCAUCAAAUUUAUUUUACAUAAAGAAAUUUUUUUUUCUAUUGUGUAUGCGCCAGAUUAUUAUUACAUAACAACUGGUGAAUUUUUCUUUUGUUUUCUUUUGCAUUCAUUUUAUAGUUUGUUUGUUUUUGUUUUGUAUUUUUCACUUUCUUUUCUAAUUAGAUCCCUUUAAAAUAAAGUAUCAUUAUAAUCAUCAUUGUGAAAAAGAAAUUAUUGUUUCAUGUGUUAGAAUACAUAUAGAAAUAUGUAUAAGAUAUAAGAUCAAAUUCACUAUACUGUACACAAUUUGAGCAUUUCCCUCCCUUGCCCCUCCCCAUUUUCUUUAUCUUCUGUUAUUGUUCUUGUCGAUAUUAACUACCCGUGUAUUUUAAUUAUUUUUUAAUAUUAUCAUGCUGUUUGUGUAUCUGUACUAGUAGCAGUGGUAGUAGUAGUAGCAGUAGAUUGAAAUAAGGUAGUUGGUGUAACUGUUGACACUGUGAUGCGUGUGUGUGUGUGUGUUUGUGUAUGGAGUAUUACACACUAGUUAUAGAUGAAAUUUUUGUUGACAAUAACUUUUGUACAAAAUUUUCAACAAAAUAGAUACUUAUUUCUUUAAAAAUUAAGAACACUUAUCAUGAUGAUGAUGAUAAAGAUAAUAAGGACUUCCAUAAAUUAAAAAAAACGAAUUUAUUUACUUUUUACUACUUCCUUUCAGUCAUUCAUUCUAUAUUUGUUUUCGUUUUUAUUUAUUUAUUUUUUUAAAAAAAAGAAAAACUUUGUUCCGGUUACUGCCCAUUUCACUCACCACAUUUUUUAAUGCAUAGAAACAUUAUGGUCAUGUGAUUAAGUUUGAAGCCAGCUAAUUGAAAGGAAAUUUUAAUAGUAAAAGUGUGUUCAUAUUUUGUUGUUGUUGUUGUUGGAGUAUUUCAUGUUUUAUUUGACGGUGAUAUUUCUUUUCUCUUGUCACUUUCGUGUUAUUUGUUUCUGUAAUUCCAUCUAUACGUUUCCUUUUUUUCUUUCAUAUACAUACACAACCUUUUGUGAAUAAGUGACUAUCAAAGACCGUAUAAUAAUUUUUUUUUGAACUCUUCAUUCUUCUCUUAUUGCUUUCUUUUCUUUAUUGAUUCACUCUUCUAUUGUGAAUGCUUUUUAGGCACUGAUAACACUUUUUACACAUGUAUUAUUGCUUAUCAUAAAGAUUAUAUUUUUGG